ACAAGCGACUAAUAAAAAGUGACUUUUGAUCAUUAGCAUUUUCUUUAGUGUAAUUUAAGAAAAAUACAAAUUUGUUUUCAAACAUUCACCUCAAUAUCGUGAGUCAUAUCCGUAUACAAUUUUCCAAAAGAAAUGGCAGGAGUUCAUCGUGAAGCUGUACAAAAACAAAUUCAUCAAGAUUGGGCGAAUAGAGAGUACAUCGAAGUGAUUACCGCCAGCAUAAAACGGAUCACAGAUUUCCUCAAUUCUUUCGACAUGUCAUGCAGAUCAAAGCUUGCGGUUCUCAACGAAAAGUUAACAACACUAGAAAGACGAAUUGAGUAUUUGGAAGCGUGCGUCACAAAGGGCGAGACAUUAACAUGAACAAUAACAAUAUUAGCCGCAUGGAGAUAUAGAAUUAUUUUAAGCUACAAAUUCAAUGUUCAUUUUCCACAAUUAUUUCUACAAUUUAUUAUAUAAACGAACUGUGGCCAACCCACUAUAAGUAUUCAUAAACGAUCAAAACUGUU